GGCACGUGACAUUGAAGAGAGAGAAAGAAAGAAAGAUUGGCUUCUUCUUGUUGUUGUUAGCGCCCGCCAUUGCCAUUGCCAUUGAAGAAAGAAGUAGAAGAAGCUUUUUCCCUCUUGAAUUUCUCGCCUGAUUCAGCUCAACAACAUGGUUCAUCUAAUGCCUUCUGAUAUGGAUAGUCUCUGCUUGAAGAAGAAGGUGAAGAUGGAGAAUCAAGAUGAUGAAGAUCCAUUUCUUUUCACCCAUAAACGACCCAAGUUGGAUUCUGCAACCAAGUGUGAUUCAAGCGAUGAUGAUACCCUUGGAGUUCCACAAGGUUUUUACAAUCCUCUUGAUGAGCCUAGUCCUCUUGGUUUGCGUCUCAGGAAGAGUCCUUCACUUUUGGAUUUGAUUCAGAUGAGGCUUUCCCAGCAGCAUGACUCCAGAAUGGGAGAUCAGAAGGGUUCUGGUGGUGGUGCUGCUGCGGAUUCUAAGCUCAAGGCUUCCAAUUUUCCUGGUACUGUUUUGAAAAUUGGUACUUGGGAGUACAAGUCUAGGUACGAAGGGGACUUGGUUGCAAAAUGUUACUUUGCAAAACAUAAGCUCGUGUGGGAAGUACUUGAUGGUUGUCUUAAGAAUAAGAUUGAGAUUCCUUGGUCUGAUAUCAUGGCCCUCAAAGCAAACUACCCUGAGGAUGCACCAGGAACUCUUGAAGUAGUGCUGGCAAGAAGACCCUUGUUUUUUAGAGAGAUCAAUCCCCAACCAAGGAAGCAUACCUUGUGGCAAGCAACAUCAGACUUUACUGGUGGACAGGCCAGCAUACAGAGGCGACAUUUUAUGCAGUGCCCCCAAGGUUUGUUAGGCAAGCACUUUGAGAAACUGAUUCAGUGUGAUCCCCGUCUCAACUUUCUGAGCCAACAACCAGAGCUGGUGUUGGAAUCUCCAUAUUUUGAAUCUGGAACUGCAAUUCAUGAUCACAUUGAAUCCAGUGAUGGUUUUGAUAGUAAAAGUGAAGAGCAACCUAGUUUGUUUGGAUUGCAUGAAGUGGAAUCAGGAUCUGCAGUUCAAUCAUCUUCCUCUAGAAGUGAACAUAAUCUUAUGGGUAAAGCUGUUGAAAAUGUUUCCCAAGAAAUUACCUCACCUAGCACAGUGAUGAACAGCCAUGCAAUUAAAGAUUUCAGGAGCAGAGGAGCUGAAACUUUGAAGUUUCUUAGUAAUUUGGAUCAGAUAAAAUUGCCUGGACUUCACCCUUCAAUGUCGAUGGAUGAUCUUGUAAACCACAUUGGACAUUGCAUUUCAACACAGAUGACAUCUGAGAAUUCGAAAUUUGGUGGUGACAGCCAGUAUGCCAUGUUGGAGGAAUUUACACAAUACUUAUUCAAUGACUCUCAGCUCACACCAGCCUCUGAUGAAAAGUUUGUCAUGUCAAGGGUGAACUCACUAUACAGCCUUCUGCAGAAGGACCCUCCAACAGCAGAGGACAAAACCAUGAGACAUGGUAAUAAUGUUUUUGAUGUAAAUAAGGUUGGAGAAGUUGGUGAGAGUAACUCCACUCAAACUCGAUUGUCACCAUGCAAAAACAAGGUGAUUGAUUUGGAAUGUCAGCCAGAUGAUGCUUCUGGCAGCAACCAGGGAAUAGGCAUGUCAAGGAAGGAAUCAGCUGGUGAUUUGCUUCAUAAUCUUCCAAGGAUUGCUUCUCUGCCUCACUUUUUAUUUCCCAUGCCAGAGGACUCUGUUAAUCAAGUUAGAUAGUGUAAUAUGAUCUACUAAAGCUUGAAAACAUCAUCACAAAAAUACUUAUGUAGUCUUUCAACAGUGUGAAUAUUGUAUGUGAUCUCUGUUACCUCAACUCAAUGGGAUUCGGAAAUUCACAUUGAUGAAGAAUCCCGUCCGAGAUUAUGGCACACUUUGUAUUUUCAGUUGAACAAUAUAAGAGAAUAACAUGUAGAACUUUUGUGUGAAAGAAA